AUGGAAAUUUCUGAUAGCAGAAGAAAUUCAUUCUCAGAGCUAGAAAACACCAAAUUCACCAAUAAUUGCGGUGAACCCAGAAUUUUAAAUCAUGAAAAAGAGUCUUUUCAUGAGUUAUAUCCUGAUGCCCUAGACAUGUUUGAUGGUUAUUCUGAAUCAAGUGAUCAUUCAAUUGGUAUGUUACCUUGUUUUACAAACAAGCUUUCUAAUGUUAGCUUAAAGAAUGUGCUUGUUGGGGCAAUUUCAAACAAAACAUCGACAACCACUGAUAAUCAGUUGCUGUCUGGAAGUUCUGAUGUAAUGUUCCUUGACAUUGGAGAGAACGGUGAUACGGUCAUUGACUCUUCCGUGUAUACGCCAAGUGCUCCCCCUCCUCCGGUUGGGAUUGAUUAUGGUGUCUAUAAAGACGUGCUAGAAGCUGAACCGCUGGAGUGGCUACCUGAUAGUUCUACUUCUGGUUGCAUGAAGUGUAGUGCUCUAUUUACCGUGCUUACUCGUGGAAGACAUCAUUGCCGGUUUUGUGGUGGUGUUUUCUGCCGGGUGUGUACAAAGGGGAAGUGUUUGUUGCCGGUUAGGUUUAGGGAAAGGAACCCGCAGAGGGUUUGUGAUGCUUGCUAUGAGAAGCUUGAUCCUGUGCAAGAUUUUCUCAUCGAUACUGUUAGUAAUGCUGUGCAGGUCGCAAAGCAUGAUGUAAUGGAUUGGACUUGUUCUAGAGGGUGGCUUAAUCUUCCUGUUGGUUUGUCUAUGGAAGAUGAGAUAUACAAAUCAUCUAAUACUUUGAGAAGCUACUGCAAGGUGGCCAGAUCCAAUCCUGAGAGGUCAAUUCCUUUAGCCAUUCUAACCGAAGCGAAAGGGCUUGCAAUUUUAACCGUUGCGAAAGCCGGUGCAUUGCUCUCUUACAAACUGGGUACUGGUUUGGUUGUUUCUAGAAGGUCAGAUGGAUCUUGGUCAGCACCAUCAGCAAUAUUCUCCCUAGGUUUAGGAUGGGGUGCCCAGAUUGGUGGUGAACUUAUGGACUUUAUAAUUGUGCUUCGUGAUAUCAAAGCUGUGAGGACAUUUUGCAGUCGCAUGCAUUUUUCUAUUGGUGCUGGUUGUAGUGCUGCUGCAGGGCCUAUCGGAAGAGUGCUUGAAGCAGAUAUUCGUGCUGGUGACAGAGGUUCUGCCAUGUGUUAUACAUAUAGUUGCAGUAAAGGUGCAUUUGUGGGAGUGUCAUUGGAGGGAAAUAUAGUUGCAACCAGGAUGGAUACCAAUCUGCGUUUUUACGGUAGUUCUUAUCUCACAACAUCUGAAAUUCUUUUAGGGAUGGUGGACAAGCCAGAGGCUGCAGAGCCAUUGUACGUCUCUCUUCAAGACUUGUAUUCCAGUUUACGCCAUUAG